UCUCCAGAUAUAAAAGACUGUAGGUUAUGCCCCGUGACAAUUGGCUUUAAAGACAGUCAUCUCACCAUGAAGGGAAUGAGCCUACUGAUGUGCAGUUGUCUGCUCCUGAUGCUCUUAGACUGUGCCAGUGUGUCAGGCAGGCCGCGGGGAUCAAAGAGAAGGAGCCACCACGGUGGUCCAGGUGUGUCCAGAAGAGGUCACUCCCUCAGAUUGCCAGGUCCGCCCGUCUCGCCGGGGUCACGUGGUGUGGGGUCAAGAGCACGACCUCUGGACAGGGGCGGCAACCUCCUUGGCCUGUUGGGCAGUGGCCCAGAUGUGGAGGGCGGGGGACGAGCCAGUUCCAGCGCCAGUUCCCGCGCCAGUUCCCGUUCCCGCGCCAGUUCCCGCGCCAGUUCCCGCGCCAGUUCCCGUUCCCGCGCCAGUUCCCGCGCCAGUUUUCGCGCCAGUGGGAGGCCUGAUCACUCCAGGUUGGCGGGAGGGAGGAGUGGACUCAGAGGACCGGGGAGUAGACCUGGUUCCAGAAGGCCAGGAAGCAAAAGACCUGGGCCCAGCAAGAGGUUAUCCCACCCGGGGUCAAAGAUUAGUUCACCCAAGGAAUCACGACCUCGACUCAGAUCUCCCACAAGUCACCGCUCCCCGGGCUCCAGGCAUGGGUCCCCACCAACGAGAAGAAGCCCUCCCAAAUCGGGCAGACCCGGUGGCAGUAAAAGCUCUAGAGGCAGAUCUAAACCUACGUCAUCAAAGGGAAGUAAGGGAGGGAUGCUCUCCCCUUUUGUCCCUCAGAAGAUUCGCGAUGGGUUGAAUGACGUGGUGAAGGGCGGUGUGGACAAAGUAGGUGAAGGGGUGGAGGAGCUGGCCCAGAACCUCGCGGAGACUGUCCCCAUCCGCGACAUGGCCUCGUAUAUCAAGACUUCCGGUGUGGACACACAGGACCUGGUGGAGAACAUAGCGGUCCAACUUCCGGUGUCCGAGAUGUGGCAGCUGAUAGACACUGUCCUGCUGGCCAUCCCCGACCUGGAUUUCGAAAAGUUUAUCGAUUACGUCUCUUCCCGACUGGAAGGUGAGGACUUGGAUAAUUUUUUGGCAAAACUGAGGUUGAAGUUCCCAAACGUGAACCUGGAUGACGUGAAGAAUGCUCGGAUUUCUGUUCAGUUUCCUACCCAGCAGGUUAUCGAUUAUGUGAGGGGCGUUUUGAAGAGUAACCCCGGUGUUGACCUGACGACUGUCAUAUUACGUGCCGUCAGUCGAGUGCCAAAACCCUCGGUCAGACAAGUCAUCAUAGACCUACGUCUGGCAUUCCCAGAAUUUGAUCUCGCGGCACUCUUUGUUGAUCUCGGGCAGACGUGGGGAACUGACCAACUCUUGCAGCUCAUCUGGGAUUUGUUUCCCUCCAUGCCUGAUCUAGAUAUCGGGAAGAUUCUGUUACGUCUGUUGGAAAAGUUACCUGACGACAGCAAGAAUCUGUUACUGUCACAGAUUUCUGAGAUAUCCCCAGGCGUGGACGGGAAAAAGCCUCUGGUUUCCCUCAUAGCCGAAAUGGCACCGGAGAAUUUUUUCAGCUUCCUUUUGGGGCUCAAGCCAAAAUUGGAUAAGAUCAAUUUCAAAGCAAUUCUAGAAUUUGGGCUCUUAAGACUUUCUAUUCCAGACAUCGCUUUGCAACUUUCGACUCCAAACUUCAAAACAUUAGGGCUGUCUCUUGAUGAAUUUGUUUCCGAUCUCUUGAAAAUUCUUGACUUUCAGAGCUGGGUAGAGUUUCUGUUUAGCAUCAAGCUAACAUUUCCUGACUUUGAUCUCGGUCCAUCCUUGAAAGAUUUCACGGUGGACAAAAUAUUGUCUCUUUUCCUCCAGUUGAGAACAAAACUGCCAGAUUUUAAUCUAAAACUAGAACUUACACAGAUUGUGUCGAGGCUGAACGAUCCUAUAAGAAUUAAGGAGCUCCUGAUUCAACUGCCCAAGGUGUUCGCAGACAUCGAUGUCUUGUCCUAUUUCAAGUCUCUUCUGCCAAGCAUCCAGCUCCCAGCGACAGACAAACACAACGUUUUGUUAGAUCUAUCUGUCCACCUCCCACGUAUCGAUCUCCCAAGUUUCCUGUUUGAGGUAAGCCUAACAUGGCCGAAUUUCCAGCUCCCUUCUUUACUCGUGGAUCUAAAGUCCCAGAUUCCAUAUCUAGAUGUUGGUUCUCUAACAAAAAACCUGAUGCUGCUCCUGCCUAGUGACGGUCUCCUUAGUUUCUCUCUCAAUGCCAUAAAUAGCCACCCCAACUCUGUUCUUGUCGAUGCCCUCAUUGAUGCCAUACCUCAGCUUCCAAACUCAUCAGAGUUUCUGGGCUCACUCAUAGCCUCAGGUGGGAAAGAAGUCGUUAAUAAUUUUGUGUCGUCGAUUUACGGGAAAUUCCCGGAUCUUGAUUGGCCUUACAUUUUUCAAAAGGUGCAAAUAUCGUCACCGAACUUUGAUUUUUACGGUCUUUUUGCUCUGUUGUUUGAAAACGAACCUGUUGAUGACCUACUUCAGACAUUAUUACAUUUGUCUUCAAAGAUUCCUAGUUUCAAACUUUCUGCUGCUUUAGAAAAACUUGUUUCCAUUAGACCUACCAUCAGCGCCCAGGACCUGCUUCUCCCCUUGUUCAACUUCCGGACACCAGAAGAAACAAUAACGACAAUCCUGAACAUCAGGGGGAAACUACCCAAGUUUGACCUUUCAAACUUUUUGCUCGAUGUAAAACUAAAAUUCACAGACAUUGACUUCUCCUCGCUCGUUGUGUCUGUCGCUUCGGGCCUCCCUAGAGCCGAGUACAUCUCUGUUUUAGGAAAGAUCCUUCCACGUGUGCCGACAGUAGAUCUUCUAUCGUUAUUUUCUCAAAUGUCUACUGACGUCAAGACUUUCACGACCGACCUGCCCCAACUGUUGCACAGUCUGCCCACAGGGAAAAUUUCUCAAGUCCUUUCAGAUCUGGUUAUUGUUGUACCCGAUUUCCAACUCCCCUCAGUUCUCCUCGACUUUGUGGCAAAGUUUCCUGAUGUCAACAUGAAAGAAAUUUUGCUUCCAUUAGUCGAGUUGAUCCCGUCAGGCGAUCUGCCUGAAUUUUUUUCUUCCUUGUUCGCCAUACUGCCCGACUUUCCUUUCUCUCAGAUCGUGGUUGAUCUGACAGCUAAGCAACCUGAUCUAGACAUUGUCCAGUUUUUACUUGACUUUCUCAAAAGCACUCCCAAUCUAAAGCUUUCUGGAGCUCUGAGACAAGCCAUAAAGACCAUUCCGCUACCUGAAUUGCCCAAUUUCCUAAUGAAGCUCACAUUGCAAUACCCAGAAACAGACAAUGAAAAGUUGUGGCUGGAUAUUUUCUCUGACAUCCCAGAACUACAACGACCAGAAGUCAUAGCUCAAAUGCAUUCAAAUACGGCAGAUUUUGACGCACCAAACUUCCUGGUACAGUUGGGCCUCCGGUACCCAGAGAUCGACAUUAACCAACUCCUCGUUACUUUCACCAAGUACGAGACGAAACCGUCAAUACCAAGCACAGUCGCCAAAGUAUACACCCAGCUCCCCGGCUUCGACCUGCCUCGUUUCCUCCUCGACCUCAAGUUGCAGUUCCCAGAUUUUGACAUCCAGACGAUAGUGCAAUCUACCGUGGCUGAGGUUCCCGCCAAAGUCAGGCCCCAGCUGGUCGCAGACAUCAGCCAGAAGUAUCCGGACUUCAAUUUGUCCUUGUUCCUCUCACAGACCAAGACAACAUCCCCUGAGCUCAGCUCUCCAGAGUUCCUAUUUAAGAUGUUCUUAAACGUCCCCGAAGACAAGGUCCCAGAUAUUGUGAAUACAGUCCGUGCCCAUAUACCGGAUGGAGACUUCCAGGUUCUUAUCACACUUCUUCAAGAGGAAAAUCUUCUCAAACCGGGGGAAGUCCCUUUGUCCACUCCUCCUCCUUCUCCUCAUGAAAAAACCCCCAUAGAGGUCUUGAAGAACGCCAGACCAGACGACGGUUUCUUCAUGCACCCAGUGAACCUCAAGAAAGGCCCCUCUGAGCCAGAAGAACGAGUAGACGAGCCUCAGUCCACAGACCCUAACAAACCGAUCGACACCAUAAAGUUUCUCGAACCCCAGGGACCAAAACAAACAGCCCUGGAUCCUAAACCCCAAGAACCGGUUGAAAUAGCCCAAUCCCCUGAACCCCAAGAACCGGUUGAAAUAACCCAGUCCCCCGAACCCCAAGAACCGGUUGAAAUAACCAAGUCCCCCGAACCCCAAGAACCAGUAGUCUCCACGAAUCCCUCUAACCCUCAAAAAACGAUUGAAACAACCCAGUCUCAUAAUCCCGAACCCACGGUAGAUUCGCCACAAAAUCCUGAAACCAGUCAACCCCUUGAUUCCGUCCAGACUCCGGAAUUACAAAAACCGGUAAAUACACCCAAAUUACCCGAAGAUAGAAAACCUGUGGAUUCUCCACAAUCCCUGGAACCUGUUGAAACGUCCCAAUCACCUCAAGUUCAAGAACCGAUUGGUACUUUACCCAAACCCCAAGAACCGGUUGAAACAUCCCAAUUCCCAGAGACACAAGAUUCGGUUACAACAGCACCAUUGCCCCAAGUCCAAGAACAAGCUGGCAUACCUCAAUCACCUGAACCCUUAGAACCGGUUGAUACAUAUCAAUCACAUGAAAUUCAGGAACCAUUCAGUACAACACAGUCAUCUGAAAUUCAAGAAUCGGUUGGUAUAUCUAAGUCACCCGAACGCCAAGAACCGAUUAAAACACCCGAAUCCACCGAAAACCCUCAAUUCCAGGUUCCGAUAGGCGGCCAGCCCUCACCAGUGGUUGAGGAACCGGCGAAGAAAGACCCGGAUGUUGGACCAACCAUGGAUGUGGCUGUCUCAGAGGCCGAUCUGUGUGUGUGUGACGUGAAGGGUGACCCUCACUAUCGCACGUUCGACAACGCGACAUUUGACCUCACCUACGAGUGCAGCUUCGUCAUGGCAGAGAGUGUUGGGGUCAAGGACGAGUGUAGCUUCCGAGUGCUGGUUCACAACCGGCGCAGACCCGACUCCCUCUACACACGGGGAGCCUUCACACAGAGCCUUGACGUCAUCGUCGCUGCUGACACGGCACACAUUGGACAAUCUGGCAUCGUUCUGAUCAACGGACGGUUGUCAUCGGUACCCCAGGACCAGGGGUCUUUCCACGUCACUUCCGCUGGUGGUGUCAUCAGCGUGCGUCUGCCCUGUGACGCCAUCGUGCAGUUUGACGGGGACCAGAGGGCCAGGGUCAUGGCGCCUAGGGCCACUUUCUCUGGGAACAUGCAAGGACUGUGUGGUGAUUGUGACGGGAAGAAAGGCACAGACUGGGUGAGUGGGACCCGACACCUGAGCAGGUACGGCCGAGCUCGGGCCCUGGGCCGGAAGUACGUCAUGGCGGACGUGGAGAGCAGCGACAACUGUAAGCUCUCACCAGCACCUUAGACGACACGCCCACCCUGUGUAAUCAAGUCUCUCGUGGGAGACCACGACAAAGACGAAAACAAAGAUAGCAAAAACUACCCCAGGAUUUACUUUCUGGCUGCACCAUUAAUAAACUUACAACUGACCUGUGAGAUCGCUGACGUCACACUGGAUAUCUCAGCAAUAUCUCUUAAAUGAGCAGUAACUGUGUUUGGUAAACUAUCGUUCAUUACGUAGUUAUGUCUCCUUCUCUGAAUCAAGUAAUUCAGGAUGAACAAUAAAGUUUGCACUCAGUUGUGUCAUAAACACCCAA